CCCCCCCCCGGGGCGCAGACGGUGGGCAAGAGCAGCAAGAUGCUGCAGCACAUCGACUACCGCAUGCGGUGCAUCCUGCAGGACGGGCGCGUCUUCAUCGGCACCUUCAAGGCCUUCGACAAGCACAUGAACCUCAUCCUCUGCGACUGCGACGAGUUCCGCAAGAUCAAGCCCAAGAACUCCAAGCAGCCGGAACGGGAGGAGAAGCGUGUCCUGGGCCUGGUGCUGCUGCGCGGGGAGAACCUGGUGUCCAUGACCGUGGAGGGGCCACCCCCCAAAGACACUGGCAUUGCCCGUGUUCCCCUGGCAGGAGCAGCAGGUGGGCCCGGUGUUGGCAGAGCCGCUGGGAGAGGCGUGCCAGCAGGGGCACCCAUGCCCCAGGCACCAGCUGGGUUGGCUGGCCCUGUCCGGGGAGUCGGUGGACCAUCCCAACAGGUGAUGACCCCUCAGAGUCGCGGGACAGUUGCAGCAGCAGCAGCUGCUGCCACCGCCAGCAUUGCGGGAGCCCCUACACAGUAUGCGCCAGGCCGUGGAGGCCCACCCCCUCCCAUGGGCAGGGGGACUCCUCCUCCGGGAAUGAUGGGACCCCCUCCUGGCAUGAGACCUCCCAUGGGCCCACCCAUGGGCAUGCCCCCUGGCCGAGGCUCACCAAUGGGCAUGCCUCCUCCUGGGAUGAGACCACCUCCCCCUGGCAUGAGAGGCCCCCCUCCGCCCGGCAUGCGCCCACCCAGGCCCUGAGGCAAGCUGCACAGUGACUGGGAUCUGUCCGAGCUGGAGUUUUCUGUUGGGGGG